ACUGCAGCAGAAAAUAAGAUGAUGUUCUGCCUGUCUCUCUCUCUUCAAUAAUGGACGGAGCUUGAAAUACCAUCCUGACACACUAUACUUGUCUUUGGUUUACCCUGUAAGAGCUAUGAUCAUUCAGAGGUGGACUGGUUAAUAAUUCAGGCCAAAUCAGUUUGGAGAAUUUUCAGCUCACUGACUCAGUCAGUCUGUGUCCAGCAAACAUGUGCAUCAACAGCCUGGACCUCAGAAAGUUUCCCAUCACUGAAGGAUGUUCAGCCCCUCUGUCAUAUUUGUGAUGGUUUAAAUCACUUUUCUUCCGGACUGGCCAGUAGUGGCAAGAGCGUCAUGGCAUCAUGAGGUAUGGACUAGGUGGGGCACUCUAUUUUUUCCUGAUCUUCUACCUACAUGUACCCCCAGGCAUCUUGCAAGGGCUGGACAUCCUGGAUUCAGGGGAGGUGGUGUACAUACAGGUCCAGACCAAAGGAGUAGUGGGCCGCUCGGUGAUACUGGAGUGUGGUCCCACACUGCCAAAUGUCUACAUCUGGGGCUACACCAUCCCGGGCACUGAGCACAUACGGGCGGUCGUCUUCAACUUCGGCCAGGGCCCAAAGCUGCAGUCACUGGCCAAAACCCUGGGCGAUUUGAACGUCAUCACAAAUACCGCCUCUCUGUUGAUCGAGAAACUUCCCCUGGCCGCACAGGGGCUCUACACCUGCCAAGCCCUCUACGACACCCCCCAGGGCGCCAAGCUCAUUUAUUACUAUGUCCAGCUACUUGUUCUCGUCCCCGUGUCUAAGCCGUACAUCCUGGUCAGUGACAGCUCGCCAGCGGAGGGCACACACAUGUCGAUGCGGUGCGGUCUAGACAACGGCACCGGUCCCAUCAAGUACAUAUGGGAACGCGAGAGCAGGGACAGCACCCCUAUCAGUUUUGCCGAGGACAGUGUCGACCUACUCAACAUCACCAACAUCAACCGCAACCAUACGGGCUGGUACCAGUGCCUGGCAGCAAAUGAAGUCAACAAUCAACGAAGCGACCGUAUCUGGCUAAAUGUUAUCUUUGGUCCCGACGUGCCUCGUAUCGAUGUCACUCCGUACUCAGUGACUGAGAGAGGGUACUCGGCCCUCGAGAGGGCCACCGUUUCCCUCAUGUGCCAGGCUUCUUCCAACCCACCCAGCCAGUACGUGUGGUUCUACAACAACUCGCAGGUCCACACAGGCCAGCAGUACAACAUCACCAAGAUACUGCGGAUGCACUCCGGUCACUACUCCUGCCUGGCCCAGAAUUACUACCUCAACACCAACUCCAAGACCACCAUCACCCUCUAUGUCUACUAUCCGCCCAAUGGAAGUCCCACUUGCACCCUUCUCCCCUCCAACAACUACACAGAUGUGGUCCUCUGGUGCUCCUGGGAAGGAGGUUAUCCUCCAGCUUCUCUUUACUGGUCCUCUCCUCUCAUCAGUCCAAAUGGAGUUGAACCGUCCCUCAUCAAUGCCACCCUGGUUCAUCCUGGAUCCAGAACUCCACACAACUCCACCUUCACCUGCCAUGGAUCUCAUGUGGCAUCACCAGCCUCCUACAGCUGCAGCACAACCGCAUUGUUGCCUUCUGGUGAACCCCAGUGCUACACAUAUGCCACACGGAAUAAUGAGUAUCUGAUGCUAUCUUGCUCCUGGGAAGGGGGAUUCCCACGGGCUCUGCUCUGGUGGAGUUUGAAUAAUGGGUCCUUGCUCGGCAGCUCAGAGGAGAAUGCUAACAUCCUCAUCCUCAAGUCCAGUGCCACAUAUAGUGGGAAGGCUUUUGUGUGCCACGCCAAGCACCCACUGUCGUCUGCCAGCAAGAAAUGUGUAUUGAGAUUGGAGGCCCCAGUUCUGGUGACGCAGCGUAGCCUGGUAUCAGUCUAUGAAGGCAAUGAUAUCCAGCUGUCGUGCAUCCUGAAGGCCAACAACCCUGUCACUGAGAUCAUCUGGUUCAACAACCAUAAGAAGCAGGUGGGCAACGCUCCUAGCAAGUAUCUGCUGUACGGCGAGGCCACCUGGUCUAACCUGACGGUCCGAGAGGCAGAUGGAAUGCAGGACAGCGGCCAGUACUGGUGUUCAGCCAGCAAUGCUGUGGGGGGCGCUGAGAUCCCCAUCACAGUUCUCAUCAAGAGAUACCCGGUUCCCCCAAACGUGACCAUCAGUAAGAUCAAAUACAGCAGCCAACAGCGCACAGAAGUAGACUUGCAGUGGGCUGUCAAGGAGACAGGCAACCUGACCGGGUUCAUCGUGGAGCGGUUGAAAACACAAGAACUGCAACUCAAAGUGAAUGACACCUUUUCCUGGGUGCAGCUGGUCACUGGUAUCCAGCCAGAUGUUCGCUACCAUAGACUGGUUGGACUGGACCCCACCUCCAUCUAUGUCUUCCGCAUUCUGGCCAUCAAUCACCGCACCCUGGGAUACCCUUCAGAAGUCAAGACUCCAGCCGACCCCCCCUUCAACGCAUACCCCGCUGUCAUUGGUGCUGCAAUCGGUGGCAUGAUAGCGGCCACCCUGGGCACCAUGCUGCUCUUCAUAUACAUCGUGAGGAACCGUAACACGAACCCACGGCUUCAUGACAUGUUGUUUGGAAUGCAGCACAGUCAGUCGAGAGAGAACAUCAACUCUCCCGAGGAUGAGGUUGUCAGCAGGUCUCAAAGCGAGGGGGAACUCGAGGACCCAACCAUCUCUCCAGGAGCCGGGCCAGCUGUGGUGUCGGGGAGUUCCAUGUCUGCGGAGCCACCUGCUGCCGAAGGAGAUGACAACGAGCCGGUCAACGUGACCAUAACUGUCACAGCCACAACCUGAGUGCUCAGACAUGGCUGUACACACACACUUCGCUAACUGACGUAACACACAGGCAGAUCAAAAGAAAGAACAGCAUUCAUCUGCUUUUCCUAUUUUGUAUACUUUGUGAAGUGCUGUCACCUUGGACUCCUGAUUCUCUGUUGUAAAGAGGUCCUACAUUGGGUGGGGUCUUUAAAAAUUUUAACCUUCGUAGUCUUUGAAACAUUAAACAC